AUGAAUGACAUCUGGUGCAGUAGUGAACUACCGGAGGCCUGGCUGACAGCAGUGGUGGUGCCUGUCCUGAAGCCCGCUGGAUCGCUGGAGGCUUUGGGCUUCCUCCCAGAACAGCAGACCGGAUUCCGUCACCAUCGCUGCACAGCGGACUCCAUCGCCGACGUGGUCAGCUCCAUGGAGGACGCCAGAAGCAGAGGAGACGUGGCCCUUGUCCUGCUCGAUGUCCAGAGCGCGUUCGAUGGCCUCCCACAUGUGGCCAUUGAGAAUGCUCUGGACGCCAUGGGCAUAGAGGGCUGCCUCCGACGAUUCAUCUCCGGGUUCCUGACAGGGCGGACCCUUCGAGUACGGGUUGGCCGGUCCACCAGCAGCCCCAGGAGCGUGAUGACUGGAGUGCCGCAAGGAUCUGUCCUCAGCCCGCUGCUCUUCAACCUGGUCCUGGCGGCCCUUCCAGCAGCCAUUCCGGUAGACAGCACGUGCCCCGCACAGUGCUCCAUCUAUGCCGACAACGUGGCUCUGUGGGCAUGCGGGCCGAGACGCCACCUACCAGCCAUCCGCCGGUCCCUCCAACAGACCUUGGACGGGGCGGCCUCCAGGCAUCCAAGCUCCAGGGGCAUCGGGCUUCAGGUGUCCCCCACAAAGAUUGGCCUGAUGGUCCACCCGAGAGCAGCUGCCAGGGAGCAGAAGCUGAUCCUCAACGGCCGACCCAUGGCAUGGAGUAAGGAGGUGACCUAUCUGGGGCUCCGGAUAGACCACCGCCUGACCUGGAUCCCUGCUGUCAAGGCGGCUGUCACGAAGGCGGCGCGGGUCCAGUCCAUGGUCAGCAAACUCCUGCUGCGUGGAAGGGGCUGCCCUCGGAAGCUGGCCCUACAGCUGUAUCACGGCACUGCCACAGCUGUCAUCCAGUAUGCUCUGCCCAUGGUUCAGCUCUCGUGGCACCGAAAAGAACAGCUCGUGAAACAGCAUCGCUCAGCCAUCAGGGCGUUCCUGGGGCUCCCACGCUGUUCUCCAGUGGCUGCCACACUGGCAGAGGCACAGACCUCGCCAGUAUUCCUGCUGAUGCUGCCCCUGCUGCAUGUCGACCGGCUGCACUGUACAUCAGACGGAGAGGCUCUGCUGCGACGCAUCAAGGACCGGCCGACCUCCCGCAUGGGGAGCAUUUGGGCACUCUACCAAGAACUGGUCCCGCAGCACCCCACUCCAGUUCAGGCUCCACCUCCACAUCGUCGGCCGCCAGACAUCAACCUGCGCCUGGGGAGGCUGACGAAAAGACGUACUCCCGCCAGUCAACUCCAGCAGGCCACAGUGGAGAAGAUUCACGAGCAGCUGAGCGGCCACCUGCUGCUCUCUACAGCAGCCGAACUGGCAGGAGUCAAUCUCGCAGCAGACCAUCUCGCCGCCAACCUCCCUACACAGCCAGUGGCCAUCGUCACGGACUCCCGGCCAGCUCUACAGGCCCUGCUGCAGCCCGAUCGAGCCGGCGUCACGGUGAUCCUGCUCCUCGCCAAACUCCAGGCCCUCAAGGACUGCGGGGUCAGACUGUCAAUGCACUGGCUUCCUUCCCACAUUAGAAUAGCCAGCAACGAAGCAGACGCCGCUGCCAAGGACGGGCACCGGAUCGACACUCCAGUCACAACUGCUGUAGCGGCCUCUGACUUCUCUCGUCAACGGCUGCUGCACCUGCUCAAGGCGGCUCACCCGGACCAACGAGUGGCAAGUGGACACCCCCCCCCACACACCCCAGCCCUGGAUGGCCCGCGCGACACCUUGAAGAGGUCCUACCGCAUGCAGGGCCUACCCCACUCCACCGUUGACGAUCUCCUGUUCCCGUCCGAAUACCAGUCCCCCGCCCUGCGAGGUUUCCUGAAGUUUGCGGAUGAGGCCGGUCUAGAGACUCUGUGA